GCCGACAUGGUUGAGGCGGAUCGCCCCGGGAAGCUUUUCAUUGGCGGGCUCAACCCCGAAACCGAUGAGAAAGGCCUAGAGGCCGCGUUUGGCAAGUAUGGCCGCAUUAGCGAGGUUCUCUUGAUGAAAGAUCGAGAAACCAACAAGUCCAGGGGCUUUGCGUUCGUCACCUUCGAAAGCCCCGCAGACGCCAAGGCUGCCGCCAGAGACAUGAACGGCAAGUCCCUGGAUGGUAAGGCCAUCAAGGUGGCCCAGGCCACCAAGCCGACGUUUGAGAGCGGGCGGCGGGGUGCGCCGCCGCCGUCCCGCAGCCGCGGUCGCCCGCGGGGCCUGCGCGGCACCCGCGGGGGCGGCGGCGGCCCGCGGCGACCCCCCUCCCGGGGCGGGCCGGCGGACGACGGCAGCUACGCGGGGGAUUUCGACCCGCGGCCCUCCAGAGCCCCUAUGCCCAUGAAGCGCGGGCCGCCGCCGCGCAGGGCCGGGCCGCCCCCCAAGAGGGCCGCGCCGUCGGGCCCGGCUCGCAGCGGCGGCGGAAUGAGCGGGCGGGGCCCGGCCGCGCGCGGGAGAGAUGGCUAUGCUGGCCUGCAGCGCCGGGAACCGCCACCCCCGCGCCGCGACCCCUACCUGGGCCCCCGGGAGGAGGGCUACUUGCCCAGAGACGGCUACUCGAGCCGAGACUACCCGAGCGCCCGCGACCCCCGCGAGUUUGCUCCGUCGCCGCGAGAGUACACCUACCGCGAUUACGGCCACUCCAGUGCCCGCGACGACUGCCCGUCGAGAGGCUACGGCGACCGAGACGGCUACGGGGGGCGCGACCGCGACUACGCGGACCAUCCGAGUGGAGCCUCCUACCGAGAUGCCUUCGAGAGCUACGGGGACCUGCGCAGCGCCGCCGCAGCGCGGGGGCCCCCGCCUUCUUACGGCGGAGGAGGCCGCUACGACUACUACCGCGGCUGCUCGCCUGACGUCUACGGCGGCGGCCGCGACAGUUACGGCGGCGGCCGGAGCGACCGCUACUCUAGGGGCCGCGACCGGGUAGGCAGAGCCGACCGCGGGCUCUCCCCGUCCGUGGAGAGGGGGUGCCCUCCCCCGCGCGAUUCUUACAGCCGCUCUGGCCGCAGGGUCCCCAGGGGCGGAGGCCGCCUGGGAAGCCGUUCCGAGAGAGGGGGAGGCCGCAGCAGAUACUAA